UUCUACUCGUUCUCCGAACAAUAAGCGGCAAUAUGUCUCUUACCAGCACUGCUAUGAUGUCUGAUUAUGGGGCGUAUGGGGGGUCGAUAAAUAAUCAAACAACGGACUUGCCGGACACUGUGCCAACCUUAGUUAAUUUUUUAAUUUUUGGAGCACUUGUAGGCAGCCUGAGCAGUUUACUGUGCGCCAUGGCUUUAUUUGGUGUGCAGAUCCUUUUCAUGCUAAUAACGCUCCCGUUACAUAGCGGUUUAGUUUCUUUAAACCGGCAGUUGAAAAGUCUUUUUCAAAAUUCUGCUGGUUCUUACGAUAAGAGCUUUUUUACCAGGCUUAGUGACCUUUCCACGCAACAUCUGGAAUUAACAGUGCGGAUUAGCGAAUUGGAUAAUGUCUUUGGUCCGAUGUUAUUGUGGCUAUUUGUGUCGGAUCUGUACGUUAUUGUAACGGGAUUAGGCAUCAUCAAAGGCUCAGUGGUCGAUUCCGGAGGCUUGUUUUCGCAGGAAUACACUCCGGAUAAAUUCGUUGGAAGUAUUUGUUUGGGACUGAUACUGCUUGUUCUCCGAAUAUUUUGCGCUGUUCGUGUUGAGGAACAGAGCGGAGCCUUUAGCACCACAUUUGCCAUCCUCAUGGAACGUCAUAGAAUUGCCGAUCGCUGUGGUGGCAAUUACGCAGGCUAUGUUCAAACAGUCAACACUCGGUUAGAAAGGGUAACGGGAACGUUUACCCUUUACGAGCUGUGCCACUUGGACAAAAGCUUUGUUGCAACAGUCAUCGGCGUUAUGUUGACAUACAUAACACUUCUUUGGGAAAUGGAUAAAAAGUAACUGUCACCGUAACAUACAGUAUAGUAUGCGCGUUGCUGUAAGCUGUGAAACGAGACUAUUGGAUCCAGCGCGAGUGAAAUGAGACCAUUGGAAACCGUCAGAUC